GCCCCCUCCUAUUUCAUUUUCCUGACUAAAAACUGGAAACGUUCGUUGCAAUCAUUUAGCUCGCUGAUAAACUGGACAGAUUUUGACUACGACUGUGGUCUGGGCUGGAAAACUGCAAGAUGAACAAGGCACGGCUGGAUUUGAGGCUGAAUCAGUCUGGAUCCGCACAAUCAGAGGAAUCUGCACUGGAUUUAGAAAGAAAUGGUUCCGAUCAUAUCAAUCUUCCUUCAACAAGCCCUCCACCAUUACAAACUAUUGCAUCAAGUAAUCAGAUCUCUGAGAGUAGCGCGGCUUACUUUUCAUGGCCUAGCCGGUUAGAUGCUGUGGAACGGGCUAAUUACUUUAGACACCUUCAGAAGAGGGUUUUGCCUGAAACCCUUGGACGGCUUCCGUUGGGGCAGCAAGCUAAAACUUUGCUUGAUCUUAUGACCGUUAGAGCAUUUCAUAGCAAAAUUCUUCGCCGGUUUAGUCUGGGAACAGCAAUAGGAUUUCGCAUAAGGCGCGGUGUUUUGACAGAUACACCUGCUAUCCUUGUCUUUGUAGCCAGAAAAGUUAACAGGCAGUGUCUCAGCUGCGUUGAAUGUCUCCCGGCCUACCUUGAGGGACCAGGAGGCAUAUGGUGCGAUGUAGAUGUUGUUGAGUUCUCUUAUUACGGAGCACCUGCAGCAACCCCAAAAGAGGAACUGUACAAUGAACUCGUGGAAGGGCUGCGUGGUAGUGAUCCGUGCAUCGGAUCUGGAUCUCAGGUGGCGAGUCAAGAGACAUAUGGAACUUUGGGUGCUAUUGUUAAAAGCCGGACAGGAAACCAGCCGGUUGGUUUUCUCACAAAUCGGCAUGUAGCGGUGGACUUGGAUUAUCCAAGCCAGAAAAUGUUUCAUCCCUUGCCGCCAAGCCUUGGGCCAGGAGUGUAUUUGGGAGCAGUAGAGAGAGCAACAUCAUUUAUAACUGAUGAUCUUUGGUAUGGCUUGUUUGCUGGAACAAACCCAGAAACAUUUGUUCGGGCAGAUGGAGCUUUCAUUCCUUUUGCAGACAAUUUUGACAUGUCCAACGUGACUACAUCUGUAAAAGGUGUAGGUGAGAUUGGUAAUGUGAACAAAAUAGACCUACAGGCUCCAAUCGGCAGCCUUGUUGGCAGACAAGUAGUGAAAGUCGGAAGGAGCUCUGGUUUGACCACAGGGACUAUAAUGGCCUAUGCCCUGGAGUAUAAUGAUGUGAAAGGAGUGUGUUUCUUCACAGACUUCCUUGUUGUUGGUGAAAACCAACUUACAUUUGAUCUUGAAGGUGAUAGCGGUAGCCUCAUCCUUUUGACUGGUCAAGACGGAGAGAAGCCUCGACCCGUUGGAAUCAUAUGGGGUGGAACGGCUAACCGAGGUCGUUUAAAGCUGAAAGUUGGUCAACCUCCAGAGAAUUGGACGAGCGGGGUUGACCUAGGUCGUCUUCUUGAUCUCCUUGAGCUCGAUCUGAUUACAUCCGAUGAAGGUUUUCGAGCUGAACCACAAGAGCAUAGAAACGAAUUUCAAGUAGGAACCGGUUCAACAGUGGCCACCAAUUCAUCACCUACCCAGAAAGUUUCCUUGAAAAAGAAACCUGGGGAGAACUUGGAACCACUAGAUCUGAACAUCCGACAAGCUCCAGCUGAUAGUAAUGAGGGGCCAACUCCACCACCAGUAAGGCACCACCAUGAAUUUCACAUUCAGACAAAAAGUGAAUCAGCAGGUCCCAGCUGUAUCGAGCACCAGUUCAUUGAGAGCGUCUCUGAUGAUGCGUCUCCGGCACAACAGGACAUCCCAGUGGGAGGUGUUGAACUAAAUAUUAAUAAUAAUUUACAUGCAUUAAGGGACGGGGUUUCUGUUUCUUUGCAGUUAGGUGAACAUGAACCUGAACCUAAGAGAAGGAAGCAUUCUGAAUCUGAGGUUGCCUCUUGACAUGCUGAUUGCUGAGAUAUGAGCAAUGAUCCAAAAGUGAAGUGCAAGUAUACUGGGGGAGGGGGGGAUUAUUAUGGCUCUAGAUUAGUGUUGUAAGGUAUAGGGUACUAAUGGCCGAAAGCAAAUUCUAAUUAUUUAAUCUGUAUAACCCGUUGGGGUAGCUAUUAGGUUAAAGGUGUUCUAUGGCCUGCAAAUCAUAUCUGAGAAUGCUCGGUGCAAAAAGUAUUGGUCUACCGUUGGGAAGAAAACUCAAAUAUUUUAUUAUAUUCUGUUUUCAAGAUGUCUCCGUUGUGUUUGUCAGUGAACAAAAAUGAGUAAAUUUCAAUUUGACCUGUAC